AUGGAGGCUACUUAUAAUAUGCCUAUUGAUGAGUUAAAGGAGAAAGGAUCAGACUUCGUCUUAGAUCAAGAGUUCUUGGGUGAGAUUGAAAGGACACAAGAGAGUGAUAAAUAUGAUUCGAAAUCGGAGAAAGAGAUCAAACGAAAAUUUGACUUAUAUCUUUUACCUAUUUUUUCGCUAGUUUAUUUAGCUAUGAGCAUUGAUCGAGCAUCAAUAGGUAAUGCGAAUAUUGAAGGUCUCGGGGAAGACUUACAACUAGAAGGAUAUGACCUAAAUCUUGCCUUAACAGCGUUUUUUAUAUGCUAUGGAGCCAUCGAGAUUCCCUCAAAUAUGGUAAUCAAAAAGUUUCCUCCGAGAUAUUGGUUAUCUUUGUCCACAGUUCUUUUCGGACUAGUAUCAAUGUGUACUGCUUUUGUCAAAAAUUACGGUGGUUUGGUAGCUACGAGGAUCUUCUUGGGAUUUUUUGAAGGGGGAAUGCAACCAGGGAUUACUUUUGCACUUUCGAUGUUCUACAAGAGAUCUGAACUUCAAGUUAGAGUAGGAUUUUUUAUCGCUUCUGCUGCGUUGGCUGGAGCUUUUGGUGGACUUUUGGCUAUGGGAUUAAGUGCCAUUCCUACACACGGGCCGGUGAAGAAAUGGGGGUGGAUCUUUCUAUUAGAGGGAAUCAUGACAAUGAUCAUAGGUAUAUGUGCCUUUUUUAUACUCCCUGACAGUCCGAAGAGUGCCAAGUUUUUAGCCUAUGAUCAGAGAGAAGCGGCCCACAAUAGGGUUGAAGUCGAGUUGAGGCAUAGCAAAGACGAAAAGAUUAACCGAACUCAGCUCGUCUUGGGAUUUAAGUCCUUACACAGCUGGCUAUGUGGCUUAGCAUUCUAUUUGACGGGAUUAGUGGUGCAAUCAACGUCUUUGUUUCUACCUACUUUGUUAAAAGGUAUGGGAUAUACAAGCUCAAGGGCUCAAUUAAUGUCUGUUCCACCUUUUGCUGCUGGCUGUUUCUUUGUUGUGGUUUCUUCGUAUGCUUCUGAUUACUUUGGGGUCCGUGGCCCUUUCAAUGCCUUUUAUUUCCUAUUAUGUGUAAUCGGUUAUGUGCUUUUAUACACCGAGGAUAGACUUGGUGUCAGAUAUUUUGCAACAUUUCUCAUAUGCAUGGGUGGUUUCUCAUUAGGUCCCGGCGUUCUCACUUGGUCUAGUAAUAAUGCCGCUAGCCACACCACAAGAGCUGUAGCAACCGCAAUUGUAGCGAUAGUUGGUACUUUAGGGUCAAUUACUGCAAUGUGGAUCUAUUUACCAAAAUACGCCCCAAGCUAUGAUGAAGGACAUAAAAUUUUGAUUGGUACGUGUUCUGGUGGGGUAGUUCUCUGUUUAGGAAUGUCAACCUACUUGUUUUAUGAGAAUAAAGCUCGAGAUGAAGGAAAGCGCAAUGGUUUAACUGCGAAGUUUGCUACCGAUGAAGAGGCCAAGUCCAUGUUAGCACAUAGACAUCCAUCUUUUAGAUACCUUAUAUAA